UUGAGAUUCAAUUAUGAAAGCCAUUCUUAUUCUGCUCAUAGUUGUGAUAGCUGCAGCACAGUUUGGACAUGCCUAUCCGACUGUGACAGCUGAGAUUUCUGAAGAAGCAGAAUUCGAAGAAACACCCGAGAUAGCAGGAGAUGAGCGCAGUGAGAGAACAAAACGUUGUGCUGUAAUCUGCUUUAAGCAUGGAGAUCACUUCCACUGUCUCCGUCGCAAGUGCUGAUUGUUGGAACGCG